CUCGCCCGCUCGCCCCCUGUCUCCUGCAGGCUGCCCGCGCCGCCCGCUCUCUCCCCCUACCCUCUCCUCCUGCCACUCAGCUGCCCCUCUGACCCCUGUCUUCAGGUCUUUUGGUGUAUACGCAGGAACAGAAUUGUUGGAUCGCAUGGUAAUUCCGUAUUUAACCGACUGAGGAACAGCCAAACUGUUUUCCAGGGUGGAUGCGCCCUGUUCUGUUCCCACCAACAAUGAAUGUUCCAAUUUUUCUACAUCCCUGUCAACACUUGCUAUUUUCUGGAUUUUUUUUUUUUUUAAGUACAGCCUUACAGCUCUAUAGAGGUGUCAAGUGGUAUUUCGCGGUUUUGAUUUGCAUUUCCCCCCAGCACCAAUGAGGCUGAGCAUCUUCCCGUGCGUAUUGGCCCUUUGCGGAUCUUCUUUGGAGUUACAUCCUUCGCCGUAUUUAAAUUGAGUGUCCUUUUGGUUGUCGUUGUUUUUGAGUUUUAGGAAUUCUCUAUAUAUUCCGAGUAUGAAUCCCUUAUCAGACUCAUGAUUUGCAAUUAUUUUCUCCCAUUCUCUGGGUUUCCUUCUAUUCGUGUCUUUUGAGGUACAUUUUAAAAAAAUGUUUAUUUUUUAGUUGUAGUUGGACACAAUACCUUUAUUUUACUUAUUCAUUUUUAUGUGGUGCUGAGGAUCGCUCGCAGGGCCUCACACAUGCUAGGCAAGCGCUCUACCGCUGAGCCGCAACCUCAACCCAAGGUAUAUUUUUAAAAUAAUUUCUUAUGUCCAACCUAUAUUUUUUCUUUUGUUGCCUAUACCUUUGGUGUUAUAUUCAAGAAAUGAUUGCCAAAUCCAAUGUUAUGAAGCCUUUGUCCUGUUUUCUUUUUAAAAUUGUAUUGUUUUAGGCCUUAUAUUUAGGUCUUCGACAGAUUUUGAGGUGUGUGUGUGUAUGUGUGUUGGAGUAUAGAAUCCAGAGCCUCACACAUGCUAAGCAUGCACUUUACCACUGAGCACACUGAGCAACACCCUCAGCUUUUUGAGUUGAUUUUUGCAUAUGGAUGUCUGGUUUCCCCAGUACCGUUUGUUGAAAAGACUCCUUUUCCCCAUUGAAUAGUCUUGACACUCUUUGUCAAAAAUCAUCUGAGGGGCUGGGGUUGUGUCUCAGGGGUAGACCACUUGCCUCCCAGGUAUGAGGCACUGGGUUCAAUCCUCAACACCACAUAAAAGUAAAUAAAUAAAGGUAUUGUGUUCCUCUAUAACUAAAAAAAAAUAUUUAAAAAAAAAUCAUUUGAGGUAUAGCCCUUCCUUAACAUUUAUGAGGCCCUGGGUUCAACCCCCCAGUACGGCAAAUAAAUAAGUAAAUAAAUAAAAUAAUACUAAUUUGACCGUAUAUAUGAGCACUUAUUUCUUGGCUCUCCAUUCUAUUCCAUUGGUCUAUAUAAAGACACAGAGUUUACAGUUCACUUUUUUUAGUGCUGGUUCCCAGGUCCUGUUUUAUAGGACCUCCCAAGCCCAGCUUUGCUCUUUUAAAGGCGACAGUACCGGAAAACAUCACAGAAGUCGUCCAGAAGCUGACGGACCUGGUGGGACAGCUGGUGGACAUUGUCAAGAGACUCCAGAGGCAGACACCUCUCUCAGAAUCUGGACAAGACAACGAAGUAAACAUUGUGAGCACAGUAGGCUCAGCUGGGCCUUGUCUUCCGGGGAGGACCGUGGCUUGACUUCUUUAAACCUAGAAACUUCCAACACAUCAGAAGGGAGGAUGGGAGAGAUUCUCCAUGAUCUAGAAGAAAUUCAGAAAAACUUACAAGAAAACGUCACAUGGAAAGCGGCUCCCGAAGAGCAGACCCAGGGGAUCAUCAAUCCAACCUUUGACUUGGGAAGCCUUUCCUGUAUCCUGAAGGUAUCAGAGGAUUGCCGGACAGUGACUGUGUCUCAAUUCCGGCAGCCCUAUCCUUGGAGUCAAGAGAGGUUUUCAACCAGCCAGGUCUUAUGUUCCCAGGCCCUGUCUUCUGGGCGGCAUUACUGGGAAGUGGACACGAAGUGCUGCAAUAACUGGGCAGUUGGAGUGGCCUCUUGGGGCAUGAGCCGAGACCGGAUGCUGGGAAGGACUGCAGACUCUUGGUGCAUAGAGUGGAAGGGAACUGGCCAGCUGUCUGCAUGGACCAUGGUCAAAGAAACUGUCCUUGGCUCAGACAGACCUGGGGUGGUGGGCAUCUGGCUGGACCUGGAGGAGAGGAAGCUUGCCUUCUAUUCAGUGGCCAGUCAGGAGAAGCUUCUGUAUGAGUGUGAGAUGGCGGCCUCCUCUCCUCUGCACCCUGCCUUCUGGCUCUAUGGCCUAACUCCUGGAAACUCCCUGAUCAUAAAUCAAGUACGAGUAUAAAGCUUCCUCAGGGGUUAAAACACAGUGGUCUCCUGGCUUCUCUCUCUGCCUUCAAGCAGGUGGCAACUCAACUUAAGAAUCCCACUUUUGAAGUUCAUCCUUUUGUGUGGUACAGGAUUAACAAAGCAGGCUUGAAGUUCUUGAACCCUGCACAUUUCAAAGAAAGGACUGGCCUCUGACAGACUCAAGAGAGGGGACCUAUAAGCCCUUCAAAUAUCUUGCCUGGCAUGAGUGGCUUGGUUUAAGUGGGGGCUUUGGGCCAUGCAGUAUCACCUUGACCUCUGCACGGGCUAGAGAUUAAGUCAGCCAUGUGGGCAGUGAGGCAUGCCUAUGUGACAGAUCCCCAAUAAAAGCAUUGAAUACUGCGGCUUGGGGAACCUUCCCUGAUUGGCAGUACUCCAA